GAAAAUGCAGAUUUAGCCUCAAGCACAGACAUACACUCGCUCUUUCUCUCAGAUACACACAGCUCCCUACAUUCGCACCUCUGCCAGCGAGACUGACUUCACAGCUUCCCCGCCAGCCAGAUGCUGGAAGAGAACACACAUUGAUUUGCUGCUUUCUGAGCCCCCUAAUCAGUCUCUUUCUCUACACAAAGAUUUUUAAAAAAAACAAACCAAAAAAAAAAACUAUAUACAUAUAUAUAGCUUUUAUUUGCACCUUUCCUCCGACUCCCCCGCUCCACCAGCCUGCGCGCCUCCUAGCACCACUUUUCACUCCCAAGAAAGAUGAAAGGUGGCUGUGUCUCCCAGUGGAAAGCGGCCGCCGGGCUCCUCUUCUGUGUCAUGGUUUUUGCAUCUGCCGAGAGACCGGUCUUCACAAAUCAUUUUCUGGUGGAGUUGCAUAAAGGAGGAGAGGAAGAAGCUCGCCAAGUUGCAGCAGAACACGGCUUUGGAGUCCGAAAGCUCCCCUUCACUGAAGGCCUCUACCACUUUUACCACAAUGGCCUUGCAAAGGCGAAGAGAAGACGCAGUCUACAACACAAGCAGCAGCUGGAGAGAGACCCCAGGGUAAAGAUGGCCUUGCAGCAGGAAGGAUUUGACAGAAAGAAGCGGGGGUAUAGAGACAUCAAUGAGAUUGACAUCAACAUGAAUGAUCCUCUUUUUACAAAGCAGUGGUAUCUGAUCAACACAGGGCAAGCUGAUGGCACUCCUGGCCUUGAUUUGAAUGUGGCAGAAGCUUGGGAACUGGGAUACACAGGGAAAGGUGUUACCAUUGGAAUUAUGGAUGACGGGAUUGAUUACCUGCACCCGGACCUGGCCUCGAACUACAAUGCAGAAGCAAGCUAUGACUUCAGCGGCAAUGACCCCUAUCCCUACCCUCGAUACACAGACGACUGGUUCAACAGCCAUGGGACCCGAUGUGCAGGGGAGGUGUCUGCCGCAGCCAACAACAAUAUCUGUGGGGUCGGAGUGGCAUACAACUCCAAGGUUGCAGGUAUCCGGAUGCUAGACCAGCCAUUCAUGACGGACAUCAUCGAGGCCUCUUCCAUCAGCCACAUGCCUCAGCGGAUCGACAUCUACAGUGCCAGCUGGGGCCCGACAGACAACGGGAAGACAGUGGAUGGACCCCGGGAGCUCACACUUCAGGCCAUGGCCGAUGGCGUCAACAAGGGUCGAGGUGGCAAAGGCAGCAUCUACGUAUGGGCCUCUGGGGACGGUGGCAGCUACGACGACUGUAACUGUGAUGGCUAUGCCUCCAGCAUGUGGACCAUCUCCAUCAACUCGGCCAUCAAUGACGGCCGAACCGCCCUAUACGACGAGAGCUGCUCCUCCACCUUGGCCUCCACUUUCAGCAACGGGAGGAAGAGGAACCCUGAGGCCGGCGUGGCAACCACAGAUUUGUAUGGCAACUGCACUCUGAGGCAUUCUGGGACAUCUGCAGCUGCCCCCGAGGCAGCGGGAGUGUUUGCGCUGGCUUUAGAGGCUAACCUGGGUCUGACCUGGAGAGACAUGCAGCAUCUGACUGUGCUUACCUCCAAACGGAACCAACUUCAUGAUGAGGUCCAUCAAUGGCGGAGGAACGGGGUUGGCCUGGAAUUUAAUCACCUCUUUGGCUACGGGGUCCUUGAUGCAGGCGCCAUGGUGAAAAUGGCCAAAGACUGGAAAACUGUGCCCGAGAGAUUCCACUGUGUGGGAGGCUCCGUGCAAGACCCUGAGAAAAUACCCUCCACUGGCAAGUUGGUGCUGACCCUCACGACCGAUGCAUGUGAGGGGAAAGAAAACUUCGUCCGCUACCUUGAGCACGUCCAAGCUGUCAUCACAGUCAAUGCAAGCAGGAGAGGAGACCUGAACAUCAACAUGACCUCCCCAAUGGGCACCAAGUCCAUUUUGCUGAGCCGGCGUCCGAGGGAUGAUGACUCCAAGGUGGGCUUUGACAAGUGGCCUUUCAUGACCACCCACACGUGGGGGGAAGAUGCCCGAGGAACCUGGACCCUGGAGCUGGGGUUUGUCGGCAGCACACCCCAAAAGGGGGUGCUGAAGGAGUGGACACUGAUGCUGCAUGGCACACAGAGCGCCCCUUACAUUGACCAGGUUGUGAGGGAUUACCAGUCCAAGCUGGCCAUGUCCAAGAAGGAGGAGCUGGAGGAGGAGCUGGACGAAGCCGUGGAGAGAAGUCUGAAGAGCAUCCUGCACGAAAACUAGCACCACACCCGGGCCUCCCCUGCCUCCCUCCCUCCCCCACCUCUGCCUUCUCUGUCCUCAUUCCACACUCUGUCAGGAGCCUAACAAUUACUGUCACCCUCACAUAAGCGAUUCCAACCCCCUGAUCUGAAGCUUCUUCGCUCACUGUCAGUGAUUCUUUUCUUUACAAUGGAAGCAAUCUUUUUCAUUCUCUGCCCCAAAUACAGUGUUCCCACCAACACCUAUGUCCUAAUUGUGACUCUAAGCUGUUUGUUUGUGUCAUUCAAAUAGGUGAUAGCCAGCAAACAAAACUUGGACAGCUUUCUCCUCCAUUUUUUUCAUAUCUGAGAAGAGACUGCAUUGAAAAAGCCACGCACAGUGACUCCAAGAAUGCUAAUUCAUGGUCUCAACUGAGGACUUGUUACAUAAAAAGAAAAAGAUUAUAACAGAAGGUGAGCUCUGAAUCUCUAAAGCACAACAGAUGCCAUCGAUCCUUUGGGGAAAAAAAUGUUUUGAGCUUAGCAAGAUUUUUCAGUGACGUGGAUGGUGGUUAUGAUGUGAAAGACUCCACCCAUGACAGCCCUGAUUACUGGCUGGGAAAGAAAGAGUCAAAAAGCAUGAGCAUUGGAAAUCUUAACCACCAACACCAACAGGUGUUGUCCUACUCAGCCAGCGUGAUACAUAUAAAACCUACGUAGCUUGGCUGUCCUUUUCACCAGCUGCUGCUCUGAGUUAUGGUAAAAUAUGCUAGAGAAGCCCAAAUUACUCAUCCCAGCCCCAAUUUUCUGGGGCCCCUCACACAGCUAUCCAGAAAAGAAAAAAAGGCAAGGAAGAGUCUGGCAACAUGUCUAGUAAAGAAUAGCUUUGUAGCUUAGAACACAGGAAUGUUGAAAUCACUUUGUGGUUUCUUCCUCUGAUGUGAGACACGAGAUGAGUAUCUUUGGCACACAUAUACUUGGGCUUUGAUUUCCAAAACAUAUGGUUGUGGUUUCUUUGAUGUGUUGGGGAAAUGGCCUGUGUUCUAGAAGAGGUGGGUGAAGGGUGAAGGGGUCAUGUUUGAAGAUGUGAACUUCCAUCUGUGUGGACCCUCUCUUGCCAAAGGCGGGGAGGAGAAUGCUGACUCAUCCUCCAGCAACCUGAGGCCUGAAGGAAGAAAAAGAUAGACCUCCACAGGGAAAGCACAUAGUCAGUCACCAUAUUGAUAGUAACGCAAUCCAUGAAGAUAUUCAACACACAACCAAAGGUGACACAUGUCUCUCCCUGCCAACCCUAAAAGACACAGAACCAUUUCAUUACCAAAUACAAAUGCUUUCUGACCUGUCAUCGUUUGUUUUUCUACCCGAGGAUUGGCCCCUCAUCCCCAAUCCCAAUGCCCAUCCAUCCCAAGAAAUGAGUUAUUUGUUUGAUUUGAUGCCCCGGAACAGGCCAACCACUCCUGGCUGCACUUCUGCCUUCCCACGGGAGCGUGCAGCAAAGCUCGGAGUGCCUUUCCUUUAAAGCCAGCAACACAGAGCACUAGGUUCCGUUCCCUGAAGGUGGCAACUUUAAGAGAAAACUCCAGAAAACCCAUUUUCUUUCCUCCCCACAUAUUGGCAUGAAUUUCUGUCUUCUCUAACACCAUAUGACCUUCUCUAUAUGAUGCUUUAAAAUAAUAUUAUUUAUGAUUUUUAAAAGAAAUUUAUUACCUGUCAUGAAGGUCUUUUUAAACCGGUUUAGAUUUAAAGAAAAAAUUAAUGGAAACCAUCAAAAACCCAUUUCAUAUUAAUAGUCUGAAAAUAAACCAAAGGACAUUAUGUGUGCAUAUGUGUACAAGUGCACACAGAAAUAUAUAUACAUAUGUAGACUAUAUACAUGUGUGUAUGUGUAUAUAUAUAUAUAAAUGUAUAUACACACAUAUACCUAAAAUGUGUGUAUGUGUAUUUAUUGAAGAAACAGACACCAUAUUCAUCUCGAAAAGAAUAUUCAGAGACUAUCAAGAUGAUUCUGGCUGAAGAAAAAGGCCGGUGGAAAUUCAGGUGAAAAUGUUCAUUGAUUCCCAUUACAUCACCUCUGUGAUUUUUGCAGCUCUCUGUAUAAACAUUAAAUGUCUUAUAUAGCAGCAAAAAUAUAAAAUAGUUGUCCAUAUUUUCACAGCUGUGGUAUAAUUUAUGAAAUUAGAGAGUAACUUAUCAGCUUCUUAAUAGAAAUGGCAAGUUUUGAUAUGAGUAUACAGUAUAUAAAAAUAUAUAUAGUGCUAUAUACAAAUAUUUGGUCUCUAUUUCAUUUUUUGCACCAGUAUUAACACAACAGAUAUGUCCAGCUAAUGAAGUUUUUAUGAUAUCCCUGAUCCUAAUGCAAGAGACAGUUAUUUAUAAUCAUUUAUUUUAAAAAAUGAAAAUAAGUGAAUAAUGAUUAAUCAAGUUAACCUUGUUACUCCCUGUGACAGAAUUUUAUAAGUAAAUUUAAAAAGACGUUGUAAAUUAGGAGACUUAACAAUAAAGCAUUGCCUUCCAGAAAUUA